AUGGGGGUGUUGUGGUUGAUACGGAACAACCUUCUGGACGGAGUGCUUCCGAGUCCGGAAGUAGCAGCUAGCAGGGCUGGUCUGACGGUAGAUCUAUGGUGGAUGAUUGUGGGCAGUAUCACGGCGAAGCUCGGCAGGGAACGGGUCCAGGUCGGCAUGGAGUUGUUCCAUUCGACGCGUUUCGAAGUGUCUCCAGGGAAGUCGUCAUGGAGGAUGUUAGUCAUACCCAACUACACUCGUUACAGUCAUAAUCCUGUUACUCGGCAAGAGCGUUGGUCCUUCAGUAACUAUGCUGUACAAGCUGUUGAAGAUUAUAUGGAAGCUUUUCCCAGUGUAUUCGAUGGUCUUUGUGACCUGGAUCAUUUCGACCCGAAGUUAGCACUAUCGGCGAAGCGAUUGUUGGAUACUGAUACUGACGAUUAUGAAUAUGAGCUUGCCAAGUUGAAGAAGUGGUUGAGCGAACAGGAGUUCCGUCGGCUGCCUUUGGUAUCUUCGGCGUAUACCGCACUACCGCGAACUGGUGUACGAUCCUUGGAGGUCUAUCUGAAUCGGGGAGUGGAAGAAAAUCCGACCCCGCCUCGCAUCACUGUGACACCGGAGCAGCUAGCACCAGUUGAGAACGCCAAGUUUGUAAGCAAGGCCUGUCAAGAACGACCGAGAGUCGGCAACAGAGCUGUCUAUGUUGGGUCUGAUAAGCCUGUCCCUGUUGGUGCUAGAUGUGUAGUCACAUCUGUUUAUGGUCGACCUGGUCAGGACAUGAAGGUUGAGCUACUCUUUGACCGCUGUACUUUCGGCUGUGAUACAGCUUUUGGGAGGUGCAGCCCAAUGCGGGGUCUAGUGGUGUCGCCUUCCGAUAUACUUGUGCUUCCUGUUUAUCCGACAUCACCUCUUAUACCGCAUCCACCUCCUUCUGGGAACACCUACUCGUCGCCACCGAAAGAAGUUACCCUCGACGAGUCCCCGCCUAUGAACGGCACUGGAAUGAGCCGUAAAGAGAGGAGCAAGCGCAAGGUUAGGAAAGCCCCCACUGUGACAUAUGCAUCUAGGCAUCCUGACACGACGAUAUUAAGCCACGAGCUUCGUCAUAUGCUGGGCAUAUCACCCAACAACAACAAGCAGCAGUCCUAGUCUGCUUGCCUGUUCAAUCGUAUCUUAUGACGUUGUAGUUGUUCUCGUAUACUGUACUUUAUGUUCUGCAGCGGUGCAUUACUCGUGUAUAGUACUCGGUACUCGUGAUAGUUCCAUUUUCGGUUGAAUCAUUGCGUGGUGA